AUGAUAUUACGGGUUACUGCGAUCGCACUGAUCGGCUUAUUAACUGAUGCGCUUGCAGAAUUCUGCGGAAAUAAUCGUAUACCGUUUGGAAUAGAGGAAUGUCCCGAACGAGCUGAAGAGAAAUCAUGUACGAGCAACACUUCAUGGGUUGGCGGUCUACAAAAAACUAUUGACGGACAGUUGCUUCUUCAAUGUUGUGAAUAUCCUCUUAUGGAAAAAUAUGGUCAGCUGAUGUUCACAAACGUAGGUGAAAACUUUUAGUU